GCAAACCCUUCUUGGACCGACAGGAAAGUAAAGUCAGGAUUUGAUAAAGCCUACUCUACGCACACUGAACGAGAAAAUUGCGGCCUUUGCAAAUUACACGUAACUUGACGCAGCUUUUGUAGCUAAACACAAGUCAGGGGGGCCACUGCUGGUCCCCCAGCAAUACCGGCCUUGUUGGGCCCACUAACUGUGAAGCACAGCAAAAAUGGUCAAGACGAAGGGCGGACGCGCGCUGAAUCCUGCGGAUGCAUUCCGCAAGGAGCAGCGCAAGAAGGAGGUGCAACGCAAUAAGAUGGAGCGCAAGUUCAUUCGCGAGGGCGCCAAGAUGCGCUCAGACCCAGAAUCUCUGAAGAAGGAGCUGCAGGAGCUGAUCGAUAUGGAGGAGAGUGCGACGCUUCCAAAGAAUCUAAAGCUGAAGAAGAAGGCGCUGCAGGAGGCAUAUGACCAGGCGCUCAAGCGGAAGAAGGAGGAGGAGAUUCAGGCCAAGAGCGGCGGGCCGCAGGUGGCUCUGCCGGGCGCUGCGGCAGGCCCUGUGGCCCUACGGCCUGAGGACUCUCCCUACUACCACCCCACACUCAACCCCAGCGGCGCGCCGCCUCCGGGCAAGGGCGUGGGGCCCAGCGCAACCAACAAAGAGCCCUCCGGGCCAGCCAUCCCGGUCCCGAAAGCACCGCCGUUGCCAGCGGGGCCGAAGCCUACCAUGCCGCCGCCGCCAGCGGCGCCGCCGCUGCCAUCCGGUCCUCGGCCGGGCGGGCCGCCGGCGACACCGCUGCCGCCGCCUGAUGAGCCGCCGCCGCCGGUGCUGCCGCCGCCGGACCACCCGCCGCCAGGCUAUGUGCUGCCGCCGCCGAUGGCUGGGCCGCCAAUGGGCAUGGCGAAGCUGCCGCCGCCGCCGAUGCCGCCGCCGCCAGUGCUGGCUGCUCAGGCAGCAGCGGCGGCAACGGCGGCAGCAAAGGCGGCGGAUGCAGCUCAGCCACCGGCACCGGGCACGGAGGAGGAGGAGGCGGGUGCAGGGCCUGGGUCGUCGGCGGCAGCAGCAGGGGCGGCGGCGGCAGCGGCGGCAGGGACAGGGACAGGGACAGCAGGCGGGACAGCCGGCGGGAGCGGGAUGCCGCUUCCGCCGCCACCAGGGCCUCCGCCAGGCAUGGCGGCGCCGCUGCCGCCACCACCGGGGCCACCGCCGGGCAUGCCGCCGCCGGGGCCACCGCCAGGCAUGCCGCUGCCGCCGCCGCCGCACAUGUUCAUGCCGCCGCCGGGACUGCCGCCGCCGCCCCACAUGAUGCACCCGCACAUGAUGAGUGAGUCACGUGAUGGGUUACCGCCAUGGGUCACAGUGCCACCACACGUGAUGAGGUCCGCGCCACCGCAGCAUGCGCCAGCAGCUGCUACUGCCGCCGCCGCCGCCGCCGCCAACCCUGCCGCCGCGGCGGCCGCCACCAUCACUGGCGCGUCCACCGUGGCGAAGCGAGUGCCAGCGACUCAGGACAAGCAGCUCUUGUCCAUGGUGCCGGCGGCGCUGCGCGUGCGGAGAGACGAGGCGCCCAAGCCCAAGCGGCCGAAGACGGGGCGCGCCGACGCUGGGUCGGGCUUUGGCCUGGCGCCCGCCAAGCCAGGCGAAGAGGCGGCGGGCGGCGGCGCGCCGGCGGCAGCCCCCAUCUCGACCGACCAGAAAUACCUAGAAUUCCUCGCCACGGUGGCGGACCUGGGAGCUUUUGAUUGAUCAUUUGUUGGGGGAUGCUCUUAGAAAGGCCUCUGUCAAGGUGUGUUUGGUGUGACGUCGCUAGGGUUCUUGGGUGGAUGGGCGGAUGGUGUAGGUGGAUAUCAUCUGCGGUUGUGGCAUGCCCGCAAAGUGGAAGUGGCUUCCUUGCCAUUCUUGCCGUGAACAGAUUCCGUUGUGGGGUUCCGUGCCCGCUCGCGCGAUGUGCACAGAUGCAUUCGUCUGUAGUUGCAGGAGCGUCAAGCUGCUGAUGCAAGUGGGCCAUGGGGCGGACACCUGCAUUUGGUUCCUAGGCCGCGCGUCGCUUGCUGUCGUGGCCUUGUGUUCGUUACCUGACCAAGGAAUACUACACUGCAUGGCGCAACCCUGGCUGUUAUCGUGGCGGGCACUGUAGUCUUGACUGUAGUCACUCGCGGUGGCAUGGUGUGCUGAGGCUGAGCUCUCUGACGCAGUGCUAACCACGGUGCUUCCACCGGGGCCCUGAAUCGCCACACAGCCGGUGUGAGGGGUGUUUAUGGGUAACGC